AUGAGCAGCACCCUGUACCAGAGCUUAUUGGUCUGUAGGGGAUUUCAGAAACAAAAUUUAGAUGGAACAAGUGAGUAUAAAGAUCCUCAUACUAUCUGUGGGCUACUGGAAAUUGCCUUGAAAUGUUGCAAUCCUCUAAACUAUCCAAAAGUGGUUGGAUCUAGCAGGACAGACAAAGGCGUUCACGCUCUAUGUAACACAGUACAUGUGGAUUUGGAAGGAGACUUCAAAAAUAUAAAUUCAUUUUCAAUUGCUAAAACAGCAAAUGUAUUUUUUGCAUACAACGACCAUGAUAUAAGGAUAUUGAAAGUUCAACAAGUAGCAGAUGAUUUUCAUUGUCGCCACAAAGCUUGUGGUAGAAAAUAUCUUUAUCGUUUAGCAUUUCCGAAACCUGGGGCUCCCUUCUAUGAGAAAACUGUCAUACCUUACCCCGUCUCAGAGUUCAAGCGUUGUCUGUUUUUACAAGAGGACACAUUUAAUGUAGAAGCAGUAAAGUCAGCCUGUGGUCUUUUCCUUGGUGAGAAGGACUUCAGAUCAUUUUCCUCAAAAAGCAGAGAUGAUCGUGAGAUCAACACGAUUCGUUCGCUGGACACUCUGGAGUUGACACCGGGACGGCCCAUGGUGCAUCAGGACAGUCUCACUGAGCAAUACGACUUUUGGGACAUCACUUGUAGUUCAAGAUCAUUUCUUUAUCAUCAGGUCCGACGGAUGGUGUCCUCCCUCUUGGCGUAUGGCCAGGGUCGAAUAAAGAUAGCAGACCUGCAGCGGAUGUUUGAUGAGCCUAGUGAAGAGAGCUGGAGUGUAACUGGAGCACUGGUGUCUUCAGAGGGUCUCUUCCUGACCGAAAUCUGGUACAAAGCUGAGGACUUAGCCUUCUCCGAGCAGACACAUCGUCAGGAAGCACUGCUACAUCAACUACAAGAGGAAACCCAUCAGAUUCUUGAGAAACUCAAGCUUCCUGAUACAACUAUUUUAGAGAAAAUCAAACUCAGGGAAAGGCUUUUAGAAAUUAAAAAGACUAUUUUUUAGUUAGUAAACUAU